UUGUGACAGAAAGAUGGCGGCGUCCGUGUGUCGUGCCGGGAGCGCAGUGGGUCGAGCUCUGUCUAAAAUUCGCAGCCCUGCCUUGCUGUCGGGAAGGCGGGGCCAGGCCAGUGUGUCAUAUGCACAGAGCCUGCUGGGAAUCCCAGAGACUCAACUCACUACCCUGGACAACGGCUUGCGGGUCGCCUCCGAGGAGACUGGACACGGCACCUGCACUGUGGGGCUGUGGAUUAACUGUGGCAGUCGCUAUGAGACAGAGAAGAACAAUGGAACAGGCUUCUUCCUGGAGCACCUGGCCUUCAAGGGGACAAAGAAGCAUCCCCAGGCAGCCCUGGAACAGGAGGUGGAGUCCAUGGGGGCUCACCUGUCCGUAUACACCUCCCGAGAGCACACCGCCUACUUCAUGAAGACGCUCACCAAGGACAUGCCCAAAGCUGUGGAGCUGCUGUCGGAGGUGGUGCAGAGCAGCGCGCUGAGCGAGUCGGAGCUGGAGCGGCAGCGCGACGUGGUGCUGAGGGAGCUGGAGGAGCUGGAGGGCAGCCUGCAGGACGUCUGCCUGGACCUGCUGCACGCCACCGCCUACCAGGGCACCCCGCUGGGCCACAGCGUCCUGGGACCCUCACACAACGCCAGGACUCUGACGCGUCAGGACCUGGUGGAGUACAUCAACAGCCACUACAAGGCCCCUCGUAUGGUGCUGGCUGCUGCUGGGGGAGUGCAUCACAGCGAACUGGUGGAUCUGGCCAAGAAGCACUUCAGCGGGGUGUCGUUUGAGUAUGAGGGGGAUGCGGUGCCUGUGCUAUCUCCCUGCCGCUUCACUGGGAGCGAGGUCCGCAUGCGUGAUGAUGACAUGCCUCUGGCGCAUGUCGCCAUCGCUGUAGAGGGCGCCAGCGCCACCAGCGAAGACAUCGUGCCCCUCAUGGUGGCCAACGCCAUGACUGGCAGCUAUGACAUCACCUAUGGCGGGGGAAAGAACCUGAGCAGCCGUCUGGCACGCAUGGUGGUGGAGGAGAAUCUGUGCCACAGCUUCCAGGCCUUCCACACCGCCUACAGCGACACCGGCCUGCUGGGCAUCUACUUCGUCACCGACAAGCACCACAUCGAUGACAUGAUGCACGUCGCCCAGAACCAGUGGAUGAACCUCUGCACCACUGUCACCGAGAGCGACGUGGUCCGCGCCAAGAACGUGCUGAAGGCCAACCUGCUUUCACAGCUGGACGGAACCACGCCACUGUGUGAGGACAUCGGCAGACACAUCCUCACCUACGGCCGGCGCGUCCCCCUGGCCGAGUGGAACGCCAGGAUCGAUGCUGUGACCCCAAAGAUUGUACGAGACGUGUGCUCCAAAUACAUCUAUGACAAGUGUCCUGCAGUGGCUGCUGUCGGUCCAGUCGAGCAGCUGCCUGACUACAACAGAAUGCGCAGUGCCAUGUAUUGGCUCCGAUUCUAAACCUGCCGUGGAGAGCCACAGUUCCGCUGGACCUGUCACCAUCAUCCCCGCCCUGACUCCCUCCUACCCCUCUCUCCCUAUCCCCAUCCUUCACUCCCUCCCACCCAUCCCUUCCUUCAGAGGACAGUGUGACGGAGAGCCCUCGUCCCCUUACCAGUGGCUCAGAGUCCCCUCUGUUUGUGUCGUCCAAUCCCCUGUCACUUCUGUCUCCUCCUCCUCCAAUCAUGUGUCACCACACGCCGAACCUCCCCAAUCCAAGUGUGCCAAUGUAGGACAAGUCUUCGGGGCGGGGUGAAUGCCGUGUUCAUGUACCGCUUUGAUUGUUCUGUAUUUUUAACCACUGA